AAGAGCCCAACUCUUCCUGCCUACGAAAAGCAGAGCCAACUACAAAACGGCCGGUCGAUGAAGGAUUCUUGCGCCAUUGAUCGCUCCGUAAUAUCAUUCUCGCCCACCACCUUAGCCCGUCACUCUGAUCACUUCUUCUUUUCAGUCGUGUCCCUCAUUAACGGCGACGGCCCGGCCACCAGCUUUUGUAGAAAUCCAGAUUUUCGUCAACCAACAACAAACCGUUUUUCUCUUUUGUCUCCUAGUAAAAGUUUACUAGGAGACAAUUGGUUUUCUUCGUUCGGCACCAGGAUACGUGAUCACUAGAGGAAAGCUGAUUGACUUCCACCCAGAGACAUUCUUGAUUCGAACAGAACAACGGAAGCUUUUGAAAGAAUGGCAUCAUUCUUCAUGACGGGUAUAUAGACUGUUUUUUUCUGUCUUGGGCUGGACUGCUUUGGUUUGAGACGAUGGCCAGUCAUUUGCUCCUGAACCCGUCUUUGUUACGUUUGUUCACCGGCUCUUUGCAUCUGAUUUUGUUGCUUGGCGCAAUCGUAUCAUGGGUUUGCGAGAAAAUUCGAGGCAAUGGUGAUGAAGGUCAGAAACAGAGUGUUAGGCACACAAGGCUCUUGUUUUACAGACCAACCCUGUAUUCUUGUUUGAGUCUUUCCUUCUUUAAUCUCGCGUUAUGCGUAUUUUACUGCUUUUAUUGGUACACCAACGGUCGGUCUGAUGAAAAGAUUGUGAUUUUGGUGGAUUUGGGAGUGAAAACAGUAGCUUGGUUUUAUCUCUCACGUUUCUUGAAAAACCAGCUUCAGAAUGUAAGUGAAACGAAGUUCCCUAUUGUUUUGAGACUUUGGUGGGGGGCUUUUGUCUUAGUGUCUUGUUAUUGCCUGGCAAUGGACAUCCUUUAUUACAAGAAGUACCAAACUUUGUCAGCUCUGUUUUGGGCAUCUGAUAUUGUUUCUUUGGUGAUGGGUUUGGUCCUCUGUUAUUUUGGGUUUCAUGGAGAAUGUGAAGCUACCAUCCUUGAAGAACCGCUGUUGAAUGGUAGUGAUACCAAUGAUAGAGAAUCCAAUCAGUUUUCCAGAGGGGACGAAACAGUGACUCCUUUUGAAAGUGCUGGUAUUUUUAGUACACUUACAUUCUCUUGGGUGGGUCCUCUGGUUUCUCUUGGCUAUAACAGAAGACUUGACUUAGAGGAUAUUCCUCAGCUUUCAACUUUUGACUCUGUUAGAACGACGUAUCCAGUUUUUAAUGAUAAGUUGGAGUCUGGUAGAGUGAAAAGCAAUAGAGUCACUGCAACUAUGCUUGCAAAGGCAUUGAUCUACUCCACCCGGUGGGAGAUAGGAACUUCUGCUGUCUGCGUGAUUAUAUUUACGUUGGCUUCGUAUGUUGGUCCUUACCUCAUUGACUACUUUGUUCAAUAUUUAAAUGGUCAUCAGGAUGUCCGGAACGAGGGCUAUAUAUUAGUUUCUGCAUUUACUAUUGCAAAGGUUUUGCAGUGCUUGGCACAGAGACAAUAUUAUCUCAAGGUGCAACAGGCUGGAUAUAGGGCUAGGGCAGCACUGGUUUCUAAAAUCUAUAACAAGGGAUUAAGUCUUUCUUCUCAAUCUAAGAAGGGGCGUACCACUGGAGAAAUUAUUAAUUUUAUGGCUGUUGAUGCUGAGAGGAUAGGUGACUUUUCUUGGUAUGUGCAUGAUCCUUGGACGAUCAUUCUAGAUGUUGCCUUGGCAUUAAUGAUCUUAUAUAGAACUCUUAGACUUGCUUCGCUAGCUACACUUGCUGCAACUAUUCUAGUGAUGUUAGUAAAUAUUCCAUUGGGGAAAUUGGAGAAGAAAUUUCAGGACAAGCUUAUGAAAUCUAAAGAUGAACGAAUGAAAUCAACAACUGAAGUCUUGAAAAACAUGAGGAUUCUAAAGCUUCAGGCUAGGGAGAUGAAAUUUCUGUCCAAAAUCAUCGAGCUUAGGAAUGCUGAGGCUGGAUGGUUGAGAAAAUAUCUUUACACAACAGCUAUAAUUGCAUUUGUCUUUUGGGGUACCCCUGCAUUUGUGUCUGUGUCGACUUUUGGUGCUUGUCUGCUAAUGGGAAUUCCAUUAGAGUCUGGAAAGAUACUAUCUGCACUUGCAACCUUUAGAAUUCUUCAAGAGCCUAUCUACAGCCUUCCUGGUUUGGUAUCCAUGAUUGUUCAGACUAGGGUUUCACUUGAUCGAGUUGCAUCAUUCCUUUCCUUGGAUGAGUUGCAGCCAGAUGUUGUAGAGAAGCUUCCAGUUAGUAAUUCUGAGAUAGCAUUAGAGAUUACCGAUGGGAGCUUCGUCUGGAAUGUAUCAUCUCCUACACCAACAUUAGAGGAUAUUAAUUUUAAAGUGUCUCGUGGGAUGAGGGUUGCCAUUUGUGGCACAGUUGGUUCAGGCAAAUCAAGCUUACUAUCCUCUAUCUUGGGGGAGAUGCAGAAACUAUCUGGAACUGUUAGGGUCAGCGGAACAAAGGCUUAUGUUGCUCAGUCACCCUGGAUACGGGGUGGAACAAUUGAAGAAAAUAUAUUGUUUUGUAAGGAAAUGGACAGAGAAAGGUAUAAUAUGGUCCUUGAUGCAUGCUCACUGAAGAAAGACCUGGAGAUUCUUGCAUUUGGUGAUCAAACAAUUAUUGGUGAGAGAGGAAUCAACUUGAGCGGUGGUCAGAAGCAGAGAGUACAGAUUGCACGUGCUCUGUACCAAGAUGCUGACAUAUAUUUAUUUGAUGAUCCGUUUAGUGCAGUAGAUGCCCACACAGGAAGUCAUCUGUUCAACGAGUGUAUCUUGGGUCUUCUGGACUCGAAAACCGUUAUCUAUGUUACUCAUCAAAUGGAGUUCUUACCAGCUGCAGACCUCAUUUUGGUUAUGAAAGAUGGAAAAAUUUACCAAAUCGGCAAGUAUGGAGAUAUUUUAAAAUCCGGAAGUGAUUUCAAGAAGCUUGUUGGUGCACAUGAGGAAGCUAUGUCAGCAAUCGAUCCAACUGGGAUAAGGAAAUCAGCAAGUCCUGAGGGAAGUGGAGAUGCAUAUGCUAAGAAACUUCCAGAAGAACAGGGAUCUCAGGACGGUAAUAAUGUAGAUAAUUAUAAGGAGAAAAGUGGGCAGCUUGUCCAAGAAGAAGAAAGAGAGGAAGGAAGAGUAGGAUUUUCUGUUUACUGGAGUUACAUCACAACGGCAUAUAGAGGACUUCUUGUACCCUUUAUCUUGCUCGCACAGAGUCUGUUUCAGCUACUUCAAAUUGGAAGCAAUUAUUGGUUGGCUUCGGCAACCCCUGUGUCUACAGACAUGGCACCUCCUGUUGCAAGCUCUACUCUUAUGCUUGUCUAUAUUGCUUUGGCAAUCGGAAGCUCUUUUUGCAUUUUGGCCAGAGCCUUGCUCCUUGUGACAGCAAGCUUCAAGACAACCACAAUACUCUUUAAAAAAAUGCAUUUAUCUAUAUUCCGUGCACCCAUGUCUUUCUUUGAUUCCACCCCAAGUAGCAGAAUUCUCAACAGAGCAUCUACUGACCAAAGUACAGUGGAUUUGGAGCUUGCAUAUCUAGUUGGGCAAUUUGCUUUUGCCAUCAUACAGCUUCUUGGAAUUAUUGGGGUUGUGUCACAAGUAGCAUGGCAAGUCUUUUUCAUUUUUAUUCCAGUCCUAGCUAUCUGCAUAUGGCUAGAGCAAUAUUACGUACCGUCGGGACGAGAACUGGCUCGAUUGUGUGGGCUGUACAAAGCUCCAGUAUUACAACACUUUUCUGAGACACUCUCAGGGGCAGAAACAAUUAGAAGUUUCGAUCAGGAAUUCAACUUCCGUGAUCUAAGCAUGAAUCUGAUAGAUGGAUAUGCUCGGCCAAGAUUCCAUGGUGCUGCUGCAAUGGAAUGGCUGUCUCUUCGCGUGGAUAUGUUGUCUCUUUUAACUUUUGCUUUUGCAUUAGGUAUCUUGAUCUCUCUACCAAAGGGAACAGUGGAUCCAAGUAUUGCUGGCUUAGCAGUGACGUAUGGGCUUAGUUUAAAUGCUUUACAGUCAUGGAUUGUUUGGACUCUUUCUAACAUGGAAACGAAGAUCAUAUCUGUUGAAAGAAUACUUCAGUAUUCUUCUGUUGCAAGCGAACCACCUCUUGUUGUAGAAUCAAAUAGGCCACAAAGUCAUUGGCCAACACAUGGAGAAGUUAGUAUACAAGAUCUUCAGGUCAGAUAUGCUCAACACAUGCCAUUAGUGUUACAUGGCCUUACAUGUACCUUCUUUGGGGAGAAGAAGACUGGAAUUGUAGGGAGGACGGGAAGUGGUAAAUCGACACUCAUCCAGACCCUCUUCCGCAUUGUUGAACCAGCUGGUGGACAAAUAUCAAUCGAUGGUAUCAAUAUCUUGUCUCUUGGACUGCAUGAUUUACGAUCAAGAUUGAGCAUAAUUCCUCAGGAACCAACCAUGUUUGAGGGGACAGUUAGAAGUAACCUCGACCCUCUUGAAGAGUACACAGACGAACAGAUAUGGGAGGCUCUUGACAAAUGCCAGCUUGGAGAUAAAGUUCGGGAGAAGCAGAGCAAGCUCGAUUCUUCAGUCUCUGAGAAUGGAGAAAACUGGAGUGUCGGCCAAAGGCAGCUAGUCUGUCUAGGCCGCGUGCUGCUAAAGAAAAGCAAGAUUUUGGUGCUCGAUGAGGCCACAGCAUCGGUUGACACAGCAACUGAUAACCUCAUUCAACAAACGCUGAAACAACACUUCUCAGACUCCACAGUCAUAACAAUCGCACACAGGAUAACGUCUGUUCUUGACAGCGCUAUGGUCUUAUUAUUAGACAAUGGACGUAUUAAGGAAUAUGAUUCUCCGGAUAAGUUGCUGGAGGACAAAUCGUCCUUCUUUGCAAAGCUCGUCGCAGAAUACAGCAUGAGAUCAAGUAGUUCUAGAUAGGAUCUAAAGAAGCUGAUGCAGCAGGUUUUGAGCCAGUACAUAAACUACUUCAAUGUGGUCUGAGCUCUUUGAUGGGCUCAUGUUUAGUUUCACAUAUUUGAGCUAAGUUUUUUUGAGCACAAGAGAGUAGACAUGAAUGCAAGGGAUUGGACAGGUUCCCCUGCACUUGGAAUUGGCAUCUCCACCAUACCACUUUAAUGCUUUCCACAAUGCACUACAAAAAUACGGCAAUAGUAAAAUUUUGGACAAAAUUUCAGUAUUGCCCUGAUAUUUUACAUUAUUAGAAAAAUGGCCCACCAGUUUUUGG